AUGGGUCGUAUGUACGGAAAGGGUAAGGGUAUCUCAUCCUCGAGUAUUCCCUACGGUAGAAAACCACCUUCCUGGCUAAAAACAAAACCCUUUGAAGUUGAGGAACAAAUUGCAAAACUUGCCAAAAAAGGACAAACUCCAUCACAAAUCGGUGUCUCAUUACGUGAUUCCAUGGCUAUUCCACAAGUAAAGGCCGUUACCAAUAACAAAAUACUACGAAUUCUUAAAGCACAAGGAUUAGCCCCUGAGAUUCCUGAGGAUUUGUACUUUUUAAUAAAGAAGGCAGUGUCUAUGAGAAAACACAUGGAGCAGAACUUGAACGACAAGGACUCAAAGUUUAGACUAAUUUUGGUCGAGUCUAGGAUCCAUAGACUUGCAAGAUAUUAUAAGAAGAAGAGACAAUUGCCCGCAACAUGGAAAUAUCAAGCUUCCACCGCAGGAACACUAGUCGCAUAA